AUGCUAAAUUUAGAAUCAUGCCUUUCACCGGGAUGCAACGUUGUGGAAUCAUCCGCUUAUUUUCCAAACACCGAUUCAUCCGGCCCGGGACGCACGUCACAAAGCAGUAUGGAAGCCCUGAACCCACUUAGCUCAGUCGUGCCCGCCAUAGAUUCCAGUAUCGCUAAAAUCAUUUGUUGCUGCCACCUUAGUCGUCCCGGCCCUGAGUCUAUUGUCGGGGACAGGGCUCUCCAAACUGCCUCUCACGGCAAGUAUAUUUCUAAUCACGACGUUGCUCGGCCUGAUGCUGCCUCCUUUUUUAGGUUGUUACACGCUGAUUCGAACGCCCCAGGAUCGAACGUUGAUUUUUCAACAUCUGACAACUCGCCACGAUCCAGUAUUUCGCUCUCCGGUCUACAAGAUACCAUGCAGCAACUUCGGACACGGACCCCAGGACGCACCUGUCUUAGCACUAUGGGAGCCCCGUAUCCCCCCGACACAGUCGCGCAAAUGCUGCCUGCGUUCAUCAGUCGUCCUGGUCCUGUGUCGGGGCUUGGAGAAGGGGUUUUCCAGCCUGCUACCUCAGGCGAGUAUAAUUGUUUGACUGAACUUCCGGUACCUGACAAUUCGAUACGUUCCAGCUUUUCGCUUUCGAGCCGUAGCUCUAUCACCACUUCGACGACUCAACUGGUUCAGCAAGAGCUCCACAUGUACUAUCAAAAUGUCGGAGGCAUGAAUUCACGUGUGGAUUCGUAUAAACUUGCUUUUUCUGGCUGCGCAUACGACAUCAUCGCAUUAACCGAGACUUGGCUCAACGACAGGACCACGUCCCAUCAAUUAUUCGGCCCCGAAUACGAGGUCCUUCGAUGCGAUCGCGGCCCACUUAACAGUCGUAAAGCAACUGGUGGUGGAGUUUUGUUGGCUGUACGUCGUGGGUUUACAGUUUUAAAACGUCAAAACCAAUCGUGGAGCAACGUAGAACAAAUUUGGGCGACUGUAAAACUCACUGACCGUAAUCUUCACAUCUGUGUGGUGUACUUCCCGCCCGAUCGAACUCGCGAUACCGCCGUGAUUGAUGCACAUAAUCGAUCUGUCGCCUCCGUAGCCGCCGAUGCCGAUCCCUCCGAUGAAAUCCUUGUUGUAGGUGAUUUCAACCUCCCAGGAUUGAAAUGGUGUUCUUCAAACAGCGGUUUUAGGUAUCCUGAUCCUGCGGCAUCUACUUUUCACACAGGCGCAAUGAACAUACUCGAUUGCUACAACUCAGCAACAUUACGACAAAUCAACGAAGUUUUGAACGAGAAUGGUCGGAUGCUUGAUCUGUGUUUUGUGAGCAUGGGCACAAAAAUACGAGCUACCUCAGCUCCUGUACCGUUGGUAAAUUCUGUUCCUCAUCACCCUCCGCUUCACUUGGUAUUAAACGGUAAUCCUACGACUGUUAAUAUGAACACCGUUUCAGAUGUUGUCUACAACUUCAGAAGAGCUGAUUUUGCUAGCAUGCUUGGUGUUUUAUACAGUCUCGACUGGGACGACAUCCUAGACAAUAACGAUGCUAAUGCGGCUACACUGACCCUAACCCAUGUGCUUGGGUACAUUAUUGACCGUCAUGUACCCAAAAAAGUUAUCAUUGCAUCCACUAAGACUCCAUGGCAGACCGCAGAACUCCGUCGACUUAAGAGAGCAAAACGUGCCGCAUUGCGUCGAUUUUCAAAACAUCGCUCUCUUGCCUUACGAGACUACUAUGUUCGACUGAACCUGGAUUAUAAAAAACUGAGCAGGCGCUGUUUCAAUGCCCAUCAAUAUCGCAUGCAGCGGAAAUUGAAAACGAAUCCAAAAGCCUUCUGGUCUUUUGUCAACGAGCAAAGAAAAGACCCUGGUUUACCUUCGACAAUGUUUUAUAACGGUGAAGUUGAAGCUGAUUCAAAUGGCCUUUGUAGACUUUUCUCGGAAAAAUUCAGCCGUACUUUCGUAGAGGAAACACUCUCUUUAGAUCAGGUGGCCGAGGCAACAAGAUUUGUACCUGAUUCAAACGCGAUGUUGACGGAUAUCCGUAUUGAUAACGACAUUAUUCUUACAGCUGCCUCUAAGUUAAAGUCGUCGCUUUCUUCUGGGCCUGAUGCAAUUCCUGCUAUCGUGUUGAAGCGGUGUAUUGAAGGUUUACUACAGCCACUGGAACACCUGUUUCGUUUAUCACUGCGUACCGGAACCUAUCCAACUCUUUAG